AUGCAGAAUCAACUCAUCGCAAUUCUAUUCAAUCUGAUGCUUGCCAUCGCGCAUCCAACCAAGCAACGUCAGAGUAUGGCGAAACUGAACGCCGAACUCGAUGAAAACGAAAUUCAAACUCCAAUGUUCAUCAAAUUUUCUGGCGAUUCGGUGCCGGAAAGUGUCGAAGUCAAGGCGGGAGAUUCAUUUGAAUUGAAAUGUGAAGCUGCUGGCAGCCCGCCACCAGUGUUCCAUUGGAAACUGGACGGCAAUGUCGUUCAAGGAGACGCGAGACCAAAUCUCUACGAAAAACUCCACAAUGUUGGCAAAACGACGGUUCAGAAUGGAAUCACUAUUUCAAGAAUAGUGGUCCCAUGUGCGGAAGCAAAUCAUGCGGGUGUAUACAAAUGUGUUGCCACUAAUGGACACGGCAGAAUUGAACGUUCUAUUGAGGUCAUAGUUGUUGGCCAAUGUGAAGGAAAGUGUCAAGAGAAGGAACCAUCGGGACCAAAGAUUGUAGAAUGGUCCGAUGCUCGGUUCGAAAACGAGAAAAAUGCUGCUCAACUCUUAUGUAGAACGAACUCAUUAUUGGAUACAAUUGCUUGGUACAACGACAAGCGCGAGCUCUUAAACAACAAAGAAAACUUCGAGGUACUUUCAAAUGGCGACCUCGUGAUCAAAAAUAACGAUUGGAAAAAUAUGGGAAUGUACACGUGUGUGGCUUCAAACGAAUACGGGGAAGACCGAAUAGAAGUGUUCUUCUACCCGACAGCAUUAGAAGAUGCCACAACAACUGUUACGCCAUCCAUCGAAUAA